UCAUUUAUACAUCAUUGCCAAUUUGUGCAUACAAUCAUUUAAUAUUUUGUACAUUUUUGUGCAAUUCUUUUUAAAAUGGACAAUAUUAUACCGAACUGUACAAAAUUUCAAUUUGUAAUACCUGACGGAUUAAGGGAAUUAAUUUCGGACAUCUCUAGAGAAGUCUUAAGAAGUCAACCAACAGAUUUAUAUACUUUCAUAGCUGACUAUUUGGAUGCUUUGCUACUAACUAGGGAAAAUGCAAGGGUCGCAUCCAGAUUGGUGACUUACAUAAGCCACAUAUCAAUAUUAACAGCUGAACUGUUGGAAAAGACGGGCUUAACUAGUGCUGACGUUGAACAAAUUUCAACUAUUAUACGAUCAGUUUUCAGAAGGCAAAUGCGUCUCAAUACAGAAUCCGCUCCAAUGGCAACCGAGGACGACAUAAAUGUUGUAGAUGAAAUAAUGAGUUGUGUAGAUAUACCGGAAGUUGUGGCCGAGGAGGCGGCAGAAAUUAUUCAGAGGGCCUACGAAGAUUUUAAAAAAAGACAUCAGACAGAAAAGGAUAAACUCUACGGUUUGGUAGACUGGAGAGUGGCGGCCAGAAGUGCCAUACAUUUGUAUAGGAAAACCGGCGUCACAAAAGAAGAAGCAGAUCGUGCCGCAACCUUAAUAAAAUCGGCUUAUAAAGGAUAUUACACUAGGAGAAAAAUUCGACUGGAAUUCGGGCCAGAUUUUCAGAGAAUUCGUGCGGAAUCACAAACUGAUGAUGAGGAGAUGGAAUUCACUACAUCAGAAUCUGAACUUUCUAAAAAAUCAUCAACUUUAUCGAGCACAAGCGCUGAUCAUUACAAUUUUGCUGGACAAAUUGUUGGCAACAUCGUGCAGAGAGUAUUCAGAAGAGAAGAACCAAAAUCAGCAAGUAAAUUAAAAAAAAGUAAAGAUAGCCCAAAGCAGAAGACAUCAGUACGAGUUACUGUUGAUGGUAAAGCAAUACAACCAAGUAAGGACUCAGAAAAGGGGUUUUCUAUUGAUCACUCAGAAAGUGUUCUUGACGAGAAAAUCUCAUCAUAUUUGGAUGUGGAUUCUGAUGACAGUCGUGAUGAAAUCCUUACAUCAACCAAUAUUUAACUAAAAUAUUAUUUUUAUCAUUAUUGUAAACUAGUUCUACUUUUUUAUUACCUAAUAAAAUUACAUAGUAGUACAUAAACAUAAAUAAAUUGAAAAUUAUAUUUUUA